AUUCCUGCCAUAACUAGUCUCUGGGACUCUUUCUUCAGGAUGAACCGCUUCUUGGUACUUGUAUUGGUGGUGGUGGCAGUCGUCACCCACGCUAAGCCUCAGAUAUCCUUCGGCGUCUCCCAGGAGUACGGUGUGCCCCAGCAGGGGAACUUCCCUGCACCAGCGCCUCCACCCUUGCCUCCUACCGCCUACGGGGCCCCUCCCAUUGGACCGGCCCCGGCACCCACACCGACUUUCAGCGAGAACAAUCUCUUCCCUGAGGUGAAUUUAGCUCCUCAAGUCCCGCAAGCACCUUCAGGUCUAUACGAAACACCAUUCGAUGACUCCAACAACAUUCCUGUGGCAUCGUGUGAUCCACAGACGAGUGUGUCGGUGGUGACGACAACUCAAUUCAUCCCCACCACAGUGGUACAAACCCGCACCCGCGCCCUCCCGACUACCAUCUACUCCGAGUUGAUUCAAACCCAGUACUACCCGUCCACCGUCAUCCAGCAGCAGGUCAUCACCUCCGCUGCCCCGCCCAUCAUACAGACCAGGACUGAGGUGGUGACAGACCUUCAGUACGUGACACGAGCUCAAUACUUCACCCAGACUUCCUACAUCACCAACACCCAGCUGCAGUAUGUCACCCAGACUCAAACGGAAUACCAGACACAGUUCCAAACUCAGUUCCAGACGACGACACAAUACCAAACACAAGUUCAGACGCAGCUGCAGACAGUGACCAGCUUCAGUACUCAAGUGCAGUAUGUCACCCAGGCACAGCAAGCGACACAGUACAUCACCCAGACCGUCACCAGCACGCAGGUCCAAAACAAUGUGGUGACUCAGACGCAGCAGGUGCCACAGUACAUCACCCAGACAGUCACCAGUACACAGAUCCAGAACAAUGUGGUGACUCAGACUCAACGUGUUCCGGAGUACAUCACCCAGACCUUGACUCAGACUCAGCAGGAGCCACAGUACAUUACUCAGACUGUGACCACCACCCGGGUCCAGCAGCAGGUGGUGACCCAGACCCAGCAAGUACCCCAAUACAUCACCCAGACGGUCACCAAGACCCAGUACCAAACAGCACAGGCCGACUGUGGUGGAUCCUCCUACGACGCCCCCACGACCAUAAUGACAGGAUAUUACUAACACUAAUGCUGUCCUGGUGCUGAUCAGUUAAAGCAGCAUGUCUCAGGCUGUGUGUGAAGCCCCUGGAGGAGAGUACUGUAGCAUGAAGGAAAAUAUGGCGCUGGUAGCUAGUAUCAAGUUUCAAACAAGCAAGAAUUACUUAUCAUGGCCGAUAAGCCAACACUUGUUUGGGCCUUGUUUCAUCAAUUGUUAUUUAUAUCUGAAACUCCCAACCGUGAGUUAACUAUUCAUAAGUACUUGUUAUACAGUAUAUACUUCAGAGACUAGAUUUAGCUGCUGAGAGUAAUUGAGAUUUCUACUGUCUGAGUAAGAGCUUAGUGAAGUGUAGCAUCAUUGUGUUAAUAGUCUGAGCUGUACUCCUGCUGAGUGACUGCGACCCUUAACCUGACACCUCUACUAUAUUUAUCAUAUAUUGUAAAACUAUUAAUGGACGUUUUAGUACUAUACUUAUAGUUGCAAUAAAAACCUAGUUGAGUUUUGAUAGAUAUAAAGGAUAUGACACAUGGCGAUCAAUUAUUAUCAUUGCCAGCCAACAGACACAAAAUAGGGCAGUAAAUAUGAAGGUCACCUAUUGACAUUAGCCAUCUAGAGGACAGAGUACCACUUAGGUAUUUCAUUCUGGUUAACGCCAGACGAAUUUAUUCAGCUGAAGGGAACUUCUGACCGCCGAAGGUUUAAUACAUAGUAACGGAGGUGGUAACCUUCAUUGAUCUGUGUAAACAAGCGACUUCAAUACUUUACAUGAGUCUGAGGGUCAAUGGAUGUGUAAACAUGUCAUUCUUACACUAAGGAAAUUUCAUUGCUCUUAACUAACCGACCAACGUGAAGCAGACGCCUGUAUGAACUGAAGACAAACAAUAACUUGUUCUUCAUUACUGUUAUUGCAAUUACAACUCUCUUCUUUAGUGCCAUAACAUUAUCUCUGCAUCAAUAUGGUAUGGCCUACUGGGUCGUGCACCUCGAUAAAGUUAUGUUGUUAAGCGAAAUCAGGUACAAAAGGCUACAAUUUUGGAGCUAUUGUUUGCACUUCAUUUACGAUGCAAGAACCUUCAAAUGUUGCAUAUAUUUUUAUACAUAGCUUUGGGUAUUAACGUAAAUAAAUGACUAUUAACACGGAACAUUUAGCAGUGGUCUAAUUAUUCUGUGUUGUGUUGAGUUUGGUUAUUGUUUGGGAGCUUAAACCUAUUGCUGUAAGGUUGUUUGGGCAUCAGCUACCAGAGAUGAUUAAUACAAUAUCAUUUGUGUGAUGAAGGCUCAAGAACGUUUAUACAUUAUAUGCUACAUAAUAUGUACAUUAGUCAUGCAUUUACAAAUAUAUUAUUUUAUGUUA